AUGCUUCGUGGGCCGGGGCGACGACGGCGGGGAAUGCCAAUAUGGUGGCAACCGUGCGACCGAGCAAACGCGCUCCCGAGGUCUACUUAGCGGAUUAACCGACGACUUCGUGAGAUGGACUGGCCCGGUUGACGCCAAAGUACGACGCGUCGAUUUCUUAGCUCGCACACCACGGAACGUCGAACGAUAGUCGGCGAUGUACGCCUGACGCGACACGCUCUUGUCGUCUCGUGAAACCGGGCCGAAAAAAAACAUAGCGCUCUGUGCGUGGUAGAGAGAGAGAGAAAAAGAAAGAGAGAGAGAGGGAGGAAAAAAAAGAACUCGAGGUUCGGGCUCGUUGCGCACGCUGUCAUUGGCAAUACUUGGCUAACGUGCCCUUUUCGUAGCUCCCGAUAUCAGACCAUCGUCGUCGCCUUCGUCGCCACUGCCGCACGUCGUGACGGGACUCGCGGUGCUUGGUUUGUCAUGGCAACAAAAAAAUAUGAAGAUGGAAUGAGUGAUGAUACAAGUGGGAGUGAUUUUGAUGAUGAAGAAGAUCCUGAUAAAAUUGAAGUACCUGGCGGGGGUAAAGAUCUUGCAACUGCUGCAGGAAUUGCAAACAUCAAAGAUGAAAAGCCAGAUUUAUCUACAAAUUCUUUGACAAAAACUCAAGGAGCAUUAAAUGUACUAAAUCAAAAGUUUGGUAAUAAAAUUCCUGGAGGAUUAGUAACUAAACCUACAGGCUUAGGUUACGAUAUGGUACGUGGUGUAGGAGGAUCACAAGGGGUUCCACCAAAUUUUGUUGGCGCAAAUCAACUGAAUCAGUUGAGUCAAUUAGCUAGUGGUUAUGGAUUCCCACCGGGAUUAACUACUCUUGGUUUAAAUCCUGCUUUUUUUCAACCAAAUAUGGAUAUGAACACCAUAGUGGGUAAUUUUAUGAAUGUACCGGGAAUGGGAAUUAAUCCCUUUGUCCAGUUCCUUCAAAGCGGAAUUGCUGGCCCAAAUUGGUCUGGGCUUUCAGGUAAAACUGUGUCACAUAUGUGGAACACAGGCGAUCCUACCAAAUUGAUGCAACCAGCCAUACCGGAGGAGGAGGAAGUAGACGAUGAAGAUAUGGGUGUCGCCGAGACUUACGCCGAUUAUAUGCCGAUGAAACUGAAACUCGGACGAAAGCAUCCGGACCCAGUGGUCGAAACGGCAUCGUUGUCGAGCGUGGAGCCGACGGACGUUUGGUACAAACUUUCCAUACCGGAGGAAACAAUACGUUCCGGCUCGCUUUCCGCGCUCCAACUUGAAUCCAUCACGUACGCAUCCCAGCAACACGAACACCUGCUGCCUGACAAUACGCGCGCCGGAUUUCUAAUCGGCGACGGCGCGGGUGUCGGCAAGGGUAGGACUAUAGCAGGAAUCAUUUUCGAGAACUAUCUGAAAAGCCGUAAACGUGCCAUCUGGGUGUCGGUGUCGAACGAUCUCAAGUAUGAUGCGGAACGUGAUUUAAACGACAUAGGCGCGUCCAAAAUCGAGGUACACGCCUUGAACAAAUUCAAAUACGCCAAGAUCUCAUCGGGUGUGAAUGGCAACGUGAAGAAAGGCGUGAUCUUCAGCACGUAUUCCGCCUUGAUCGGCGAAUCUUCGCAGAGCGGUGGGAAAUACAAGAGUCGGUUGAAACAGUUGCUGCAGUGGUGCGGCGAAGACUUCGACGGUCUGAUCAUUUUUGACGAAUGCCACAGGGCAAAGAAUUUAUGUCCUACCGGCAGUUCGAAACCCACGAAAACAGGCUUGACGGUUUUGGAAUUGCAAAACAAACUUCCGAAGGCCAGAGUUAUUUACGCCAGUGCCACUGGCGCCUCCGAGCCUCGCAACAUGGCCUACAUGGUGCGACUAGGCAUGUGGGGCGAGGGCACCCCUUUCCCCGAGUUCAACGACUUCAUCACCGCCGUGGAGAAGCGUGGCGUCGGCGCGAUGGAAAUCGUGGCGAUGGAUAUGAAGCUGCGUGGUAUGUACAUCGCUCGGCAAUUAAGUUUCCACGGUGUGGCCUUCAAGAUCGAGGAAGUGCCUCUUUCGAAGGAUUUCACAAAGAUUUACGACCAGUCGGUGCAGUUGUGGGUAGAAGCGAUGCAGAGGUUCCAGGAAGCGGCGGAAUUGAUAGACGCAGAGAAUCGUAUGAAGAAAACGAUGUGGGGCCAAUUCUGGUCGUCGCAUCAGCGGUUCUUCAAAUACCUUUGCAUCGCCGCGAAGGUGAAGCACGCGGUUUUGGUGGCUCGAGAAGCCGUAAAGUGCGGUAAAUGCGUGGUCAUCGGUUUACAGUCUACGGGCGAAGCGCGCACUUUGGAGCAGCUAGAGCGCGACGAUGGUGAACUCUCGGACUUCGUUUCAACCGCAAAGGGCGUUCUUCAAUCGUUAGUAGAGAAACACUUUCCUGCACCCGAUCGCAAUCGCAUUCAACGCCUUCUCGGGCUAGAGCCACCGAAAUUCAGAUUAGAAGACGAUGAAAUGGAUGGCGCGAGUGGUUCUGCGGGGGGCAGCAAGAGGAAACCAGUACGUCAGGCGGCACAACGUGCGUCGAAAAAGGUGCGCGCUUGGUCGUCGGAGGAGGAGAUAACGGACGAGGAGAGGAACGGCGCUCACAGUUCCGGCUCCGAAUUCAAAUUGACCGGCAGCGAAAGCGAAGACGACCAUCACACAGACGAGGAAAGCAAUAUCAGUUCGGAUUUCAAUCCCUUUUUCAGUGACAGCGAUUCUGAUGUUGAUCCCUGGGACAGGCGAAAGAAGAAAGGUAGCAAGAAGCAAAAGAAACCCGUUAAGAAACGUAUGAGCACUCAGGACAAAAUUCAGUCGAUGCUGGUGCACAAAUCCUCCACUAAUAGGAAUAAACGUAAUGGCGACGCAGCCAUGGGUGGGCACAUGAAUAACAUGAGAAGUAUUACUCAUCCACCUCCCAGGGAUGCCAUUGAAAGGGCUUGUAGUAUGAAAGAGGAAUUAUUAGCCAAAAUAGAAGGUCUUGGCGAACGAUUGCCGCCAAACACAUUAGAUCAGCUAAUAGACGAGCUCGGCGGCCCGGAAAACGUUGCGGAAAUGACGGGUAGAAAGGGUCGCGUCGUGCAAACGGAAGACGGUGCAAUACAAUACGAAUCCAGGUCAGAAGUGGAUGUUCCUUUAGAAACCCUCAAUUUGACAGAGAAGCAAAGGUUUAUGGACGGAGAAAAAACCGUAGCGAUUAUCUCAGAGGCGGCCAGCAGCGGUAUAUCGUUACAAAGCGACAGGCGAGCAAGAAAUCAAAUGCGACGUGUGCACAUCACUCUCGAGUUACCCUGGAGCGCGGACAGAGCGAUACAGCAAUUCGGGCGGACGCACCGAUCGAAUCAAGUCAACGCGCCGGAAUACAUAUUCCUUAUAUCGGAUUUGGCAGGAGAGAGGCGAUUCGCAUCCAUCGUUGCGAAGCGCUUAGAGAGUCUGGGCGCUUUAACGCACGGUGAUCGUCGAGCGACGGAGACCCGAGAUUUAUCGCAAUUCAAUAUCGACAACAAGUAUGGUCGCGCGGCGCUCGAAACAACGAUGAAAGCUAUAAUGGGAUUCGAGGCGCCGCUGGUACCACCACCUCAGGAUUACCACGGCGAGUUCUUCAAAGAUGUGGCGGAUGCGUUGGUGGGCGUCGGUUUGAUUUGUAACAGUGAGAACUCGCCCGGCGUACUCACACUCGACAAGGACUACAACAACAUGUCGAAGUUCCUUAAUCGAAUCCUCGGCAUGCCGGUUGACCUACAGAAUCGUCUCUUCAAGUAUUUUACCGACACACUCAACGCCAUCAUAACGCAAGCGAAGAAAACCGGUCGCUUCGACAUGGGCAUUCUCGACCUGGGCACGUCAGGCGAGAACGUACGAAGAGUACGGCUAUAUCGAUUUCUGCGGAAGCACGCCACCGGGAAGGCGCCAACAGAGUUGCACGUGGUGCAUGUCGAACGUGGCAUGAGCUGGUCCGAAGCCACGGACAAAUUUUCGGAAUUGACAGGGUCCAAAGAGGGCUUCUAUCUGAGCCAUCAAAUCCGUAAUGGAAAGCAGACCGCUAUUCUUACUGUUAUGGUGGACACCGGCAAGAAAAAAUCCGAGAGCAAGAAGGAUCAGAUUUACAUGGUGUACAGGCCCAACACAGGACUACAGUUGCGACAGGAGACUCUAGGCGAAUUGGAGAAGAAAUACAAAAAGGUGAGUGCGGACGAGGCGGAACCUCACUGGACACAGCAAUAUGAGGCUUCGGUGAACACCUGUUCGCACGCCUAUUGGAGCGGCAAUUGUAAAAAUACUACCAUCGGUAUGGAUUGUGAGGUGGGGCUGAGAAGACGUUCCUAUAAUGUAUUAGCCGGUUCCGUUCUGAGCGUAUGGAGUCGCGUGGAAAACAUACUCGCCUCACGAUCUGGACAUAAUUCUAAGAUGCAAGUUGUACGACUGCGGACGGAUGAAGGAUUAAAGAUUGUCGGGACGCUUAUUCCGAAAACUUGCAUGGAAAUGUUGCAUCAAGCACUUUCCUCUGACUCAGAAAAGACGGAGGAACUGACAUUUUGAAUGUUGAAUCGUAUCGAAGGUGUGAAUAGGACCAAACAAGGCUAUUAGUGUGACGUAAUCCGCUGCGACUGUAAGGAAAUCCCCUUCCCGCGAAUUCGAGAAGAGGAGAAAGAAGCACAUUGCGCACGUGCCGUGUUAGUUGCCUAGAAUUAUCGGUGCACCAAGUAGAUUCCAAACUGAAUCUACUAGUCAUCGACUGGUUCGUCGCCCGACUUCCGACGAACGAGUGAACGUUUCCGAUCGACGCGCGAGCUGAAGAACUUAGGCUGCAAUUUACAACUUAAAUCUUUCUUACAUGUCUGCGCGAUCGUCCAUCGUUUGCGGUUAAUAUAGCACUCAAUACCAUUGUAGAUUUAUAAUUAGCUAGAGAGUCCUUUCUUAUUAUAUCGUAAAUAUAUAUAUAUAUAUAUAUAGACGCCCUCACCGCUACGCCGAAUACGAUCAGAAGAAGAAGUUUAUUUUUUACAUCGUCGCCGUUAAUUAUCAUAUUUUCGCCUAAGAUUCUGGCGGACGUAGCGUGUAGAGCGUAUAGAAAAUAUAUAUCCUGCCGUUCCCUUUAAGAUUCUUUCUUUCGAUAUAUAUUCGUGAAAGAAUCUUAAGGAAGCAAGAAAAGUAAGUUUGCAUCGAGUCUCCACGAUAAAAUGGAGAGUAAAGGAAUGGCAAAGAACACGAUUAUAUGUAGGAAAUGAGAAAUUUAAUGGGCAAUUCCGAUCGCCAAUAUGAAUUAAGAGACGCAUUCGACUAACUUGAGUUAGCACUAACGAUAGCGCUAAUAUUUAAGCAGCGUCGUUCUAACGAGUAUCGAUUGUCGCCGGUCGGAAUAAGCGCCAGUCAGCCCAGAUCGAACGUGAUAGACGUCGAUCGACGUAAGAUUAACUAGACGAUCGUCACAAUCAAUUCUCUUUGGAAGAAAAUACAAAUGUAUACGCGACUAUAGUUUCGUUUUUUGUUAUAUCGAUCGUACGGAAGAGAUGAUCACACACAAACACACAUACACAUACAUGCUAUUGCUACCGUUACUACAACUACCAUUAUUGCUAAUACUAUAUUAGUACUAAAUUACUGCUAAUACUAUAUUAGUACUAGUGUGCUACCGCUACAAAACUACUAUUAAUAUUAUCCCAGAUGUGGGGAGACGAGGUAACAUACGCUACGAACUUUUUCGAACUUGAGAGAUGCGAAUACAGAAUAAUCUACCGUGCAAGUGCUAAGUUAUAUCUUUUUCUUUACUUUUUUAUUUUAUCUCGACAAGAUACGAAAAAAACGGAGAGAAUUCGAGAGAAAGAAGUGUAUUUUUCUCGUUUCAGCGUACCAUGACAACUCGCAAUCACGACUGCAUCUUUCGCGUAAUUUAAUUUAUUAUUAAUUAAUUCACGAGAAAAAAAGAAAACACGAUAUUUGUGAUAUACAUGCGAAUUUUAAUUUUACCAGAUCAACAUUUACGCAUACAUUACAAGAAAAUACAUUUACUAGAAUAUGUUAAGGUGGAAUUGUGUAAAAUUUUACAUGAUUUAAUAUAAAGCGACUAAAAUAUUCUACUUUCUGAUUUAUUUUUUGUUACAUCGCGUGGUUAUACUUAUAUACGUAUGCUUGAACAAUAGCACAUCUUUAGCGAGAUAUUUCUCGGAAUUCGUAUGCUCACGACACAUAACGCUACACCUCGUCUCUCGACGAUCGCUAACUUAUAACUUCUAGUUAGUCUUAAAACAAAAAAGAAAAAAAGAAUUAGAUUGAGAUAGAAUACUUACACAACCGUUAUAUUUAUAUUCAGAUGCAUACACAUUAGUAACCAGUGCGGCCUGCGUGUAUAUUGGAUAGAUGUCUGUUCUAAGUUUGUACGCGUGUGCGUGAGCAAGUUAACGAGUGAACAAGUACCGCUGAGUUUCGUAUGAAUGAAGGAAUGGAUCAUGGGCCUCGCAAUUUAUCUUCUAUGAUAAUGAAUAAAACGUCAAAGAGCGUAGAGAAGUCAGUCGAUUAUAGAACUUCGACCCGUGAUUAGUCCUUAUUUAGUGAUCUAAUUCUAGGUACGUGUGACGCGUCUACGUAUAAAGAAGAAAAGAAAGAGAUUCAUCAUCACUUACCUGUUUUCCACGGUUAUCCAUGUUUGAGCGAAGAAUCGCUGUUGUGACAAUUGUCAACGCACGACGGUGAAUCUCCGCGGAUAACAACUAUAUAUUGCAUCUAUACAAAAGAGAUUGAAAGAAGGAGGAAAGCAACAUCUGAUUGUAAAAUAAUAUUUAGACAAUGUAUAAAUGCAGUAGAACGCAUCCGUCGAAUUCCGUUUCGCAACGUUGAAAGCGAAGAGAUUUAUGUAAAAGAGAGAAGUGCUCGUAAUUCUUAAUAUUCGCGCAAGAUUCGAUCGUACGUAUCAUUCUUUCAUCCGGGGGUUUUCAUGAAUCCCUUCCUUCAACGUGAAUCCGCGAAGAUGCAAGUUUCCUAGAUUGAAUUGAGAUUUGGAAUUUGGUUCACUCUUUAAAAGUUCGCACCAGAGGAAAAGAUUCAUGGUCGUCCCCUGCUAACGUUCUCAUUUGUGACGCUUGAUACCGAGGUUAAAUUCGUCUUGUACGCUUGCAUUCGUGCUGAAAGCACGAAUCAUUCUAUUUUGAUUUCUCAUUAUAUGCUAAAGGAAGAUAGAAUGAUAUUUUCAGUACGAAAGCAUAUAGAACGAAUUUUGCCUAAUCGUUAACUAUGUUACAUUUCCACGCGAGGAAUGAAUAUUUUCUAAUUCGGCGUCGCGGUGAACGAUUAAGCUGUACGUCAAGGUGCACAAAAUCGUCAUUGAAAUUCGGCCGCAAAAAUGUUCAAAAGGUAUAAUGCUAUCGUAUAUACGAGGACGAGUAAAGUAUAAAUAUUAGAGGCUGAAAAACGGAGCGUGCUUCGUAUAAAAACAGCACGCGUGUUGUAUUGGAUAUUUUUACAAUUAAUCUCGCUUGAGUUCCUAUUUGCUGGCGUGGUAUCGUAAAUGCGGUAUCUAGUUGCACGUGGAAACAGGCGUCACGCUUUCUUAGUGAGACGAUUCCUUUUUCGUAAUGUGCUGUGUUCUCAUGGAUUCACGAACGUUUUCGUGAACGAGUGUGCGUGUAUAUAUACAUGUAUAAAUGUCUCUGUGUAUGUAAAAUUAAUAAUUCUUAUCCAAACGA